AUGGCUCUGAAUGUACACGAGAUCAUGUUCAAGCAAUUGUUUAUUGCUCUGUCGAUUCUACAUACAGUUUGCUGUUUUCUUGGCAUGCCUAAUGUGAAUCCAAACAGGACCUUUCCCUGUGAUAUUAAUGAAAAUGGAUCAAAAGUUGUUUUCGAUUGUCGUGCACGGUGGUUAAAGAAUGUGCCACAGCCCAUCAAGUUCUCGGCAGACUUUACUGAGCUACUUGUAUCAAACAAUCUUAUAGAUACACUAUAUGGACAAUUGUUUGCAAACUGGUAUAAUCUCACAAAAAUUGACAUAAAUCAGAAUCAUUAUCCAAAGACUAAAACCAGAAACGCGGAUAUAUGCAAACGAGGGCUAGAGAUUAAAGAAGACACAUUUGCUGGCCUACUAAAACUUAAAGAGCUAUAUAUUGAUCAUAAUUAUCUAUGUAAAAUACCAACAGGGAUCCCUAGUUCUUUAAAGAUAUUGAGUCUUCAGGAAAAUAAUAUAUUUUCGAUUAGCAAUGAAAGUUUUUUUAGGCUAACACAGCUAGAAGAAUUAUACCUUGGAAACAAUUGUUACUAUGGUAACAAGUGCAACAAAUCUUUCGAGAUCCAAGAUGGAGCAUUUGCGGGGCUUCAACAAUUAACUGUACUGCAUCUCAACUCUAAUAAUUUAACCAAAGUUCCCUCCAAGCUGCCAUUGUCAUUGCAAGUGCUUUAUUUAAACAACAACAAAAUUCAAGUAAUUAGCCGACACGAUUUUAAGAAUUUGGUGAAUUUAACAGUCCUAUAUCUGAGUGGCAAUUGUCCAAGGUGCUAUAAUGCUGCUUACCCAUGUGAACCAUGUGCAGGGCAGUCAUCCCUUAAAAUCCAUCAACAUGCAUUUAAGGAUCUUAUAAAUUUGAGAGAACUGAGCCUUUGUAAUACGUCCUUGAAAUCAAUACCAUCCAAAUGGUUUGAAAAUACAACUCGUUUACAAAUCCUACAUCUUGAUAGAAAUUAUUUGGUAAAAGAAAUGAAAUCAGCAGAAUUUUUACUUAAACUGCCUUUGCUGGAAAUACUUGACUUAUCUUUUAAUUAUGAGUUACAGUCAUAUCCAAAGUAUAUUAAUAUUUCCAAUACUUUUUCCAAUUUAUCAUCCCUUAAAGAAUUACACUUACAAGGGUAUGUUUUUCAAGAUAUUACUAGCUAUAAUUUGGAUCCUAUAACAAAACUUCAUAAUUUAAAAGUAAUAGAUCUUGGAGUGAAUUUUAUCACGCAAGUUGAUUUUACACUGUUCCAAAAAGUUCCCAAUUUGACAGUAAUAUACUUGGCCGAGAAUAAAAUCUCCCCAUUCUCUGAGAAUGUCAAUCAAAGCAAGUGUUUGGAGUUAUCUUCAAAAGGGGGUGAAAGAAAACUUAAUCAUUUUGAUGUUACUUCAAAAUUUAAUAUUGAGAUGGUCCAGAAAUUCCUACCUGCAGGAAAGUCCCAGUGUGUUUCAAGUGGCAAAACAUUGGACCUCAGCUUGAACAGCAUUUUCUAUAUUGACCCAGAAAACUUCAGAUCAUUUGGAGACAUAACAUGUUUGAAUCUAUCUACAAAUGAUAUUGGUCAGAAUUUAAAUGGAACUGAGUUUGUAUACCUAGGAAACUUAACAUACUUAGAUUUGUCUUUUAAUAAACUUGAUUUUGAUUCUUUCCAUGCAUUUCAGGAAAUACCAAAAUUAGAGGUCUUGGAUUUAAGUUAUAACAAGCACUAUUUUGUAGUGGAAAGUGUAACACAUCACCUGAAAUUUAUUGAAAAUCUACAUAACAUCAAGGUCUUAAAUUUAAGCUGGAAUGAGAUAUCUACUCUAACUGAGUGUGAAAUUAAGAGUCGCUCUUUAAAAGAGUUAAGGUUUGCUGGAAACCGUUUAGAUGUAUUAUGGAAAAAUGGUGACAAACGGUAUGUAAACAUUUUUAAGCACUUUAGAAAUCUUAAUAUUCUUGAUAUAUCUCACAACAGACUUUAUGAACUUUCUGGUGAGGUGAUCAACAGUAUGCCAGAAAAGCUUACAGAGCUGUAUGUAAACAAUAAUCGAAUUACUUUUAUUGACUGGAAAGGUCUGAUGCAUUUUAAACAUCUGAAGCUUCUCGAUCUUAGGUAUAACAGAAUUACGAUGAUCAUGACCAACGUGGCCAGUUAUGCAUAUUCACUGAAAAAACUUAUUCUCAAUAGCAAUAAGAUUUCUAGUUUGGCUCCUGCAUUCCUACACCAGGCAAGCAAUCUUACCUAUUUAGACUUGAGUUACAACAAAUUUCAGAGUAUAAAUAAGUCUAUAUUCUUGUCAGGCAAUGAAAAUUAUUUACACAUUUUAAAGUUGAAUGGAAAUCCAUUUGAUUGUCGAUGUGAAAUAUCAGACUUUAUAAUGUGGAUCAAUGAAAAUAAUGUCACAAUUCCACGACUGGCCACUGAUGUCCUUUGCGCUACUCCCAAUGAUAAAAAAGGAACUGGCAUUAUAUAUUUUGACCUGCAUGCUUGUAGUUUAGAUAGCACAUGUAUGCUCAUUUUCUUUUUCACUUUUUGCCUAGUUAUACUUUCCACUGCAUUGCCCAUUAUGAAACAUAUAUUUUAUUGGGAUAUGUGGUAUAUCUAUAACUGGUUUGCUGCACAGUUUAAAAGAAGUAAAAUCUCUACCUCAAAAACCUUAUUUGAUGCUUAUAUAUCUUACGAUACCAAAGAUGAAGCUGUUAGUGACUGGGUCUUCAAUGAAUUAUGUCACCACCUGGAAGGUAAUGGUGAGGAACACGUCCUUUGUUUAGAAGAAAGGGAUUGGGAACCAGGAAAAGCUGUUAUCGAUAAUAUUAUACUAAGUAUUGACACUAGCAGAAAGACAUUGUUUGUUCUCACCAAAAAAUAUGUGAGAAGUGGAAAGUUCAAAACAGCAUUUUACCUGGCUUUGCAAAAACUGAUGGAUGAAAAUAUGGAUGUGAUUAUAAUUGUACUAUUGCAACCAGUUCUACAGAAUUCACAAUACCUCAGACUUAGAAGAAAAAUAUGUAAGAGCUCUAUCUUGGAAUGGCCAAAAAAUCCACAUGCUGAAGAUUUCUUUUGGCAAAGGAUGAGAAAUGUUUUGUUGACUGAUAAUUACAGCAGAUAUAAUAAUUUAUAUGCAGAUUCUGUCAAGGUUUAA